CAGCUGCUGAAGCUGCAUCCGUCUGGCUAGUUAAUUAAGUGACGUGAACGAUUAAUUCACUUGGACCACUUGUCAUCAUCUUAUUGGCUGAAUGUGACCAAAUGCUUCAAUAAUAAGGGGUGAGAGAAACAGAGAGAGAAGUGUCCUCCUUCCAUUUUUCCCCCUCUUUUCCUCUCAACCAUCUUUCAUCUCCUUUAGUACUUGGAUCUCACCAUCCUCCUCCUAGCUCCUCCUCUUUCAUUUCACAACAAAGAACAAGAUCAAGAUCAAGAACAAGAAGAAGAAAUGUCAGUGAAGUUCUCCACAUUGAUACUCAAAGUGGAUCUCAGUUGCUGCCAGUGCAACAGAAAGAUCAAAAAACUCUUAUGCAAGAUUCAAGACCGGGAGAACAUCAGAUUGAUAGCUUAUGAUGACAAGAACAACACAGUGACCAUUUCCGGCCCUUUUGAUCCUCACUACCUCAAAAGAAAGCUCUACUGCAAAGCUUGCAAAAUCAUCAAAGACAUCCAAAUCCCUCCUCCUCCUCCUCCUCCUCCUGAAAAAAAACCCGACCCACCACCACCUGAGAAAAAACCCGACCCACCUGCUGAAAAAAAACCCGACCCACCACCCGAGAAAAAACCGGAUCCGCCACCAGAGAAAAAACCCGAUCCACCACCCGAGAAAAAACCCGACCCACCCCCAGAGAAAAAACCCGACCCACCACCGGAGAAAAAACCCGAGAAAAAACCCGAACCACCCAAGUCUGUGUGGCCACCGGGACCGGUUUGCUGCAAUCAACCAUGCUACGUGGGAAUGUUCGGAGGCUUGAAGUGUGCCUCGUGUGGCAUGGUGUACACCUGGACCAAUCAAGGCCCGCCACCUGUCAUGGUAUAUAAUCAGCCACCGGUCCCACGUCCUUACUAUUACGAUGGCUAUAGCUAUGGCUAUGGUCAUGGCUGCGCCUGUGGUUGUGGCCAACCUAAGACCUGCCAGUUCAUCUGCGAAGAUAACUCAUCCCAAUGCACUAUCAUGUGAUCAAUCCUACGGCUCUUGUUCCAUCUCUUUCUAUUAAAUAAAGCUCGGUACCGUGUAUUUCACAGCAUAUAUAAAUAUAUGUAUGUGUCUAAAGAUAAAGAAUGAAUCGUAUAAUUUGGAUUUUGUAUGUGUUUUCUAUUUGAAUAGAUGCCUCAUGCUAAGUUGAUUAAGAAGCUAGCUAGGAUUGGGACUUGUUACCAAAUUGUGAGCUGGUUUAAUUGACCCAUGAUUAUUUAAUGUGGCUCCACCACCUUGUCUCA